AUGUUCAAGAACAUUAUGACGUAUCAACACGCCGUGGCCAUCUUCUCCGCCUUCAAGUUCCCAAAUAGAGCAUACUUGAUUCUGACCUGUAGAGUCGAGCUCUGUAAAGGCAAUUUUCCAAAAGUCGACUGUCAAGCGUUGAGAAAACUGCAGCAAACAAGAGACGGACUGCUAAGGAAGACUAGAUUGGACAAAGACGCCAGAGAGUUACUUAUAGACAGACUAGAAGUGUACAAUAGUAUAGAAGCUCAGUAUUAA